AUGGAAAUUCUCAAAUACGAGAACAGAACUAAAUAUCAUUUCCCUCCAAAUAUUCUGGUUCGUGCUGUGUUCAAGAUCUAUGUUUUUCUCUUCCUACUUGUCAUCCCCUUUGCAAAACCACUAAAUUACGAAAACACCACCUUCAUAUUCAACAAUUUCGAUGAAAAAAUGGAUGAUAUUAUAUACCAAGGAGAUGCAAACACGUCAAACCAAGUCAUCCAACUUGCAAUUAAGAAGGAAGGUGAGGGUCACAGAGGGAGCUUUGGUCGAGCCAUCUAUAAAAAACCAAUAAAGCUUUGGGACAAUGCCUCUGGAAAUCUUGCAGACUUCAACACCCACUUUUCCUUUCUAAUAGACUCGCGAGAUAUCUCGAAUGAUUUUGAUGGUUUUGCCUUCUUUCUUGCCCCCACCAACUCCCAACUCCUUCCUACCUCAGGAGCUGGCAAUCUUGGCCUGGUUACUUCCAACCCAUCAUUUGUUGCUGUUGAAUUCGAUACGUAUGCGAAUGAAUGGGACAUAAAUGACCAUUUGCUCUCUGAUCAUGUGGGUAUUGAUGUCAGCAAUAUGAGAUCCGUAAAUGCCGUGGAAUGGUCUUGGAGUGAUGUUCAAAAUGGGCAAAGAGCUAAAGCUUGGAUUAGCUAUAAUUCUAGUUCAAAAAAUUUUAGUGUUCUUGUGACUGAUGAUAGUAGUGCUACUUCAAAUUUCCUUAGUGUUUCCUACACCAUUGAUUUGAAGCAACAUUUGCCAGAGUGGGUGACUAUUGGAUUUUCUGGUGCCACUGGAUAUGUUAUGUAUGAGCUGUACAACAUCAUCUCAUGGGAUUUCAGCUCUACUCUGCAAAUUGCUGAGAAGGUCUCUGGAAGAAAGAAAAACAAGAACUGGCUGUGGAUUGUGCUCGGUGUUGGUGUUUGUUCUGUGGUUCCUGCUCUCGUAUGGUUUGGCUAUUGGAUGUCAGAGAAGAGAAGGAAAACUGAAAACAAUCCUAUAUCCGUGGACUAUGAGCUGGGAAGAGUGGAAGUACCGAGGAAGUUCACAUACAAGGAAUUGGUUGCUGCGACCAAUAGUUUUGCAGAUGAAGGGCUGCUUGGAGAGGGUGGGUUUGGACAAGUUUACAAAGGAUUCUUCAGUGAUACCAACUCCAUUGUUGCUGUUAAAAAGAUAAUUCCAGAGUCAAGGCAAGGCAUGAAGGAGUAUGUUUCGGAAGUUAAAAGCAUUAGCACACUGAGGCACAAGAACUUAGUGAAACUCAUCGGUUGGUGUCAUGAUCAAGGAAAAGAACUUCUCAUUGUUUACGAUUUCAUGCCAAAUAAGAGCUUGGAUUUCCAUCUUUUCAAAGAACAAUGCUUGUUGACAUGGGAGGAGAGGUACAGGAUUGCGUUAGGCCUAGCAUCGGCAUUGGUUUAUAUGCAAGAAGAAUGUGACCAAUGUGUGCUGCACCGGGACAUCAAAUCGAGCAAUGUUUUGUUAGAUGUGAAUUUUAAUGCUAGGCUUGGGGAUUUUGGGCUUGCUAGACUCAUAGAACACGGACAAGUGUCUAAAACAACGGAUUUGAUUGGGACACCAGGUUACAUGGCUCCUGAGUACCUUCAGAAUAGCAAAGCUACCAAGGAAUCUGAUAUCUACAGUUUUGGGAUUGUUGCUUUGGAGAUAGCAUGUGGAAAGCACGCUAUCAAACAAGGUGAAGCCAAUGGAGAGAAAUUUCUAAUUGAAUUGGUGAAGGUGGUAUGGGGGCAUUAUGGAUGCAGAAAUGUUCUUGAGGCAGCUGAUCCAAGAUUAGACGGAGAAUAUAAUGCGGAACAGAUGAAGCGUUUGAUGAUUGUAGGGCUUUGGUGCGCUCAUCCAGAUUAUAAUAGCCGCCCAUCCAUGGGGCAAGUCAUGGAUGUGCUCAAUGCUAAAGCUCCAUUGCCAGUCCCGCCACCAAUCAUGCCAGUGUCCACUUUUGUUCCUCCUCCAGCUCUUUCCUCGUCACAGGGUACAUCUGGUUCUGAAAGAGGCCAAACCCAUUGCUCCGGCAAAAGCUGCACGACUGAUUCCUCAGACUUGAUCUCAUUUUCUUCAGUUUCUGGUGUAGACAUAUACUAA